AGGAUUGCUGACCCUAGUUUGGCUCCUCCCCCUUUCUUUCCUCCCAUCACAUUUAUAUAUAUAUCUCAACUAUGCAAUCAGGUUCUACUGUUCAGUCUCCACAACAAGCAUGCUCAAAGUUCCACUUGUUACCCUACACCCUCAUCUUCUCUUAACAUCUUAAACUAGCACCUUUAUCCUCUUUCACUCCUACAUCAAGUUUCAAGGUUUAAUGGCUUUCCCUGCAUCUAAGCCAGCACCUGCAAAACAGCUUAGAGAACAUCUCCAGGACCAACAAGAGCCUUUCACCAUGGCUAGUUACCUUUCAGAAAGAAGAUACACGAAGAGCUUGAAUUCCAAUAACCAGUCAGUUGAUUCAACCAAGAACCAAACGAGAUCACACCAUUUUGAUAUAAACAAGGGAAGAAAAAGGAUUUUAUUCACGACAAAGUCCUUAGCAUCGAUAAUGUACAAGCUUAUUCCCACUAAAAACAGCGAGGAGCUUUCAAAUUGCACAAGGAGCAAUAAAGAUGAUGACAUUACUGAGACCAUCAGAAAGACCAGGCAAAUUGAAAAAACAAAUUGGAUUUUCUCCAUUAAAUGUUUGAAUGCAUAUCGCUCGAAUAACAGCAAUGUCAAAGAACAUCCUUUGCAUUCUAAAAGACAUCCUGUCUUCACUCAUGCUAGCACUUCAGUGACCUUCAAUAUUGAGAAUUUGAAAGUAAAGACUGCUGCAGAUGCAAAAUUUCAUUGGAUGAGCAUGGAAGGUGACAUGCAACUCAGCACCGCAUCACUACUAACGGAAGCAAUAUCCAACAAAGGGUCUGAUUUCAUCACAAACAAAGAAGCCCCAUCAAGUAACACCUCCAUUCCAAACAAAAGAGAUGCUGGAGACUUCAUGUUGUCUGCUUCACUAUGGGAAGUACUAAUAAACUCACCAAUAGAGGAAAAAAGCCAUGUUGGUUUCGCCAAAAAAAGGGGGUUCAAUUGGACUUGUUCUCAGUACCUGAGAAACAAAAGGCUGUUGCAGCAAAGGAAACAACUCCUGCUCCAUCCUAUGAAGGAAGCCGAAGAAACCCAGGGAAGGAAGAGUGAAAGACUCAAGUAUACUGAUGACAUCUCAGAGCUGGAAGACAUGGAGCAAAUCAUCUAUAAGCAAAUUUGCUCAUUGGGGAAACCAAGUGGAGACUUUAUGAACAUAACCCACCUGAUGAAUUUUGAUUUGUCAAGCACAUUAGAAGAAUGGAGAAAUUUUCAGCAACUAAAGAGGAAAAUAGGCACGGAGAUAGGAGAUGCAAUCAUGGGUGAGAUUGUUGAAGAAAUAAUUGAAUUAUUUUUUCGGUAAAAACAGAUGCUCCAUCCACAGAUACAGAUACUUGUUCAACCACCAAGUUGUAUCAGAAUUCCAAAUGUGACUAGUUCCACGCAAGGGCUUGAAGUGAUGCACACAAGCAUGCUUUCAACAAAUUUAGAGAAAAUGAAAAUCAAUCAACCUUUCCUCAACUGAGUGAGUUAACAGCACCUCAUUUUUACUGCUUUAUUUCCCUCAACUUUGUGAGCAAGAUACAGAAAUGAAAAGUAAUUGAUUCAUGCU